GAAACAGGAAGCGUAGUUGUUUUUUACGUCACUUCCUCUCGGCUCAAACGUGGUGAGUGCUAAAAAGUUGUUUUACAGGAAAAUGGCAGCGGAAAUCAACACCGAGGACUAUCCUCAGGAGAUAGAUGAACAGCUGACAGGCUUCGACUCCUCAGUUACUGAAGUAAAAACCAUGUUGGAGAAGCUGAUGGCGAUGAACAGAAACGACCUGCAGCAGAAGUUGGAUCCUUUGGAUCAAGCCAAGCUGGAUCUGAUGUCUGCCUACACUCUUAACUCAUUAUUCUGGAUGUACUUGGUAACACAAGGAGUAAAUCCCAGAGAACACGGAAUCAAACAGGAACUAGAGCGAAUCAGGACUUACAUGAACAGAGUGAAGGAGAUCACGGACAAGAAGAAGGCUGCACGUCUGGAUAAGGGAGCCGCUGCUCGCUUCGUCAGAAAUGCUCUUUAUGAUGCAGAAGAUAAAGAUUCUAAGAAAAAAGUAGCAUCCAGGAGGGCAGCGGACACAACAUCUGAGUCCCCACAGCCAAAGCGUCCAAAGCAGAACUGAAACACAGGAGGAUCUGUGCAGGUUUACGGCUGACGGACACUGAAGGAAACAUUUACUAAAGGGAUAGGACUGAUCAUAGACGGCAACACGAGACUGCAGAAUGUGUGUUGCAGUUUAAAUAUGUAGGGAUCGGAUUCUUCAAAUGCUAAACAGAAAACUACCGUCAUUCCUGGACACUGAUGCUGCCUCUAGAUUUACCAGAUAUCAUCCUGUAACGUUCUUCUGACGUUACUUUAUACAAAUCUUUGCAUUUUGAAAGUGAUUCUAUGAAUCAUGAGUUGGUUUUUUUUGCAUUAGUAUGUUUUUACGUCAUGUUCCAGAUGCAUCGAGGAAAACUUUUAGUGAUUUAUAGUUUUUAAGAUUUCCUCCAGCAUAAAGAAAAUACUCAUCAGACUUCAUGUUUGAAUGAUUCUUUUUUUUUCCCCCGAUGAAAUUUAUGGUGCAAAAUAGUAACUGAGCUGUUAGGUAUGAAAGGUCAGAGUCGAGCUUUUCCAUAGAAGACAGUUUGACAUGUAACAGUAAGAAAACCUGAUGUAAAUAAUCUAAUGAAUGAUGACUGAAUGUUACUUACCUUUAAUGUCAUGCUAGCUCACAGUGACAGUGGCACUAAGGGGAACAAUGAAAAAGAUCGUAUUCAACAUUAAAGUAACUUUGUACAAAAAAAAAGAAUGUAAAAUGCA